AUGGCCACGGGUCCAGAGUUCGUGGUGAUUGGUCACCGAAACCCCAGUAUAUCUUCGGAAUCAACCUGGGAUGAAUAUUUCGAGGACGUGAGCAGCUCAAGACCAAGUUGGGCGUGGUCGGAACGUUCGCCUUCGCUCUCAACGGCUACGAGUGAAACGGGCACGCUAGCCGGUGCGAGCACCCCGCUGGCAGCGUCUCUGGCGCGCCGCUACGAGUGGCACCGACUGCUGCUUACAGCCGCGGAUGGAAGCGUUUUACUACAGCACAACUUUGAGAGCGAGUGGAUAAAAACGGUUUGUGAAUCGUACCAGACACUAUUCCGGUCGAGAGAGAGUGCUAUGCGCGCCGGCCUAGGGCUCGGCGCUCGCCACUACGACGUUCACUGUUGGUACCCGAUGACGAGCGACCGGCAGGAGCCGCGCAUUGCCCUUGUCUAUGGGCGGCGUGGCACUGCCAUUCAAGGGGAAGGGUUCGGUGUUGGGAAGCGCGAGGACGGCGUCGUGUUUUUGGUGGUAUUUAGGUUUCCGCUGCUAACUGCUGAGGGCGUCACUGCGCUGCGCACUUUCCUUCGACGAUUUCAUCCGAAUAUGCUUCAAAUGAACGAUACUGAUGCCGCUUCUGACUCAGUUGCCUGA